AUGAGAUAUCAAGAGAACAGCAGAAUGACACUGGAAAGUCCAAGGAAACGAAAAAACAGCACCACAGAUGAAACCCCCAGAAAGAGGUUUAUGGUCUCUGAGGGUUACGGACCUUCCACAAGCUACCAGGACCAGUUCAGUACGGUUAGAAAAGAAAAGAGGAAAAUGUUUGAACAAGGAGAACCACUGCCAGCCAAAAAGAUAAAAGGACUCCAAGAACUGGUCGUGACUAAAGAAUCUCCUUCUACCGCUAUUGUCUGUCCCCCAGCACCCAGCAGCUCCUGUCUGAUUGAUAACUCAACAGAAAAACAAGGUUUAAAGAAAAGGAGUCUAAAGAGAAAGGCAGGGGACUUUCUAGAGUCACAGAAUGAGAAGAGAUUAAAGACAGAGAAUAACAAUGAGGAAAGAGGCGAUUACGUUAGAGCCAAAUUUAGGGAAAAAUAUGUUGAGCUAAGAAAGCUUGGAGAAGGAAGCUAUGGAUCUGUUUUUGCUGGUUAUCGGGUGUAUGAUGAAUUACCUGUAGCCAUUAAACACAUCCAAAAAACACAUGACAUCUUAAUGCCUAAGGAAAAAAAAGGAAAGCAGAUACCAUUGGAGGUGGCUAUCAUGUUAAAGCUUAGGGCUAAAACAACCAGAUCACCGGGGCAGUCAGCUAUACUGUCCAUCCUAGACUGGUCUGAUAUGGGUGAGGAGCUGAUUGUAGUUAUGGAGAGACCCAUGCCUGCUGAGGACCUUUUUAACUACAUUAAAAACCACAAGGGUCGCAUAACGAUGAACGAUGCCAAGAUCAUGAUAAAACAGCUGCUAAAAACAAUAACUUACCUUCAGAAGGCAAAAAUCUUCCACAGAGACAUUAAACCUUUGAACAUCUUGAUAGAGACCAGGUCAAAAGUCCCAAAACUUUAUCUCAUAGACUUUGGUCUAAGUUGCUUUGUCAAGGGAGGACACUUUAGGAUUUUUGCUGGUACUUUUUGCCAUAUACCACCUGAAUUUAAAACACAAGGGUUUUACACUGCUGGACCUACAACUGUGUGGCAGGUGGGCUUGGUUCUGUAUGAGAUUCUGCACCAAGAGCAGUUUGUUACCAGGAAAUAUCUGUCAAAUGAGCUAAAGAUCAACACAAGUCUCUCCGAAACAUGCAGAGAAUUUCUAACCAAGUGCCUGGCAAUAGACCCAAAAGAGCGCCCCACCGUGGAGGACCUGUUGCAUCACCAGUGGUUAACGGAAGAAGAUACUCAAAUAUAA